AUGGCCGGCCUUUACGUGGAAUUAAAGCUGGCUCCCGAGUAUGAAAUUAGGCUCGUGAACAUUCUCCCAGGAAACGAGUCAAAUGCUCUUGCCUGCGAGCUCCAGAUUGUUGAUCUUCGGGAAAAACCAGAAUACGUCGCGCUCUCAUACACUUGGGGCUCACCUACUACACUUCCCGAUGAAGGAGCAGAAGCUUUGCUAAAUAAGCCAAGUGUCACAUUGCUUUGCCGGGCGAAACCUGGCUCUGCAAAUCAGUCUUAUCCGCACUGGCAUGAGGUCUUAAUCACGGAGAAUCUCUACGCUUUCCUAAUGAGAGCUCGUGACAACGAUUCAUUCGCCCUGAACUCAUAUUGGAUAGACGCCAUUUGCAUUGACCAAGAGAACUCCGCAGAACGAUGUCUUCAAGUACAAAUGAUGGGUAGAAUAUACCGAUGUGCCGGUAUUGUGCACGCCUGGCUGGGCGAGGAAGACGAUGAUACCAGAAUCGCCUUUGAAUUGAUAAGAGCAUUGCUGGGUUUUUGUAGCGAGAUUACCGAGCGACGAGUAAGAAUUAAGGCACUGAUGGAUAUUACCCCAAAAUCCUUGGGGAGUGCUAAUCUGACCGCGAGACUCGGACCUUGUGCAGACGUCACCGCUUGGAUGGCAAUGGCCAAGCUGUUCCAGCGCAGAUACUUCACUCGAGCAUGGAUCAUCCAGGAAAUCACACUGGGCAGAAAAGUCAAAGCUCUGUGUGGAAGUCAAAUGGUGGACUGGGAAGCUAUGACCACAGUGUCAGAGUUUCUUUCCGUCACUCCCUGGAAAAGAUGGAUAUCCAACGUUACUAGUUCACAUCAAGGAGGACACGUUGUUCCAAAUAUUCUCGACGUCAACAAACUCUCCAAUAGUCUGCUUUACUCUCUCAUCAGAUUUCGUCGCUUCGCCUCCACAGAUCCCCGAGAUAAGGUUUAUUCGCUCCUCAGUAUCACAGGGGACUCUACUUUGACGAAGAGCCGCUUAAUCCCUGUCUAUGGCGAUAGAUCGGUAGCGGAGACAUAUACGCUGGCUGCCAUCCAGAUCCUAGAAGACUCAGAUGAUUUACUCUUACUUUGUUGUGCGGAAGGUGACAACUUCCGUACGAUACCCUCCUUACCCACCUGGGUCCCUGAUUGGAGUUGUGCUCGAGCUCUUGGACUAGGCAUCACCGGAUAUAGGAGGUUUGCAGCUGCAGGGGCUUUUCCCAGAGCCCUAAAUAUUAAUGAGGACGAUCGCCGUUUGACGAUAAAAGGAUUUCGACUAGACGAUAUUGUUGCUAGCAGCGAAACCAAAGAGUCUAUCCUCAGUGGGAACCCGUUUCCCGGCCUGCUUCGGAUUUUUAAUACGAUGACUCCCAUCUAUCAUACCGGGCAAUCUCGAUCAGAGGUGCUAUGGCGAACACUGAUUACGGAUACAGCGGGUGUUCCUCCUUGUUGUCCUGCUCCCAACAGCUACCGUUCUGCAUAUAUCUCGUGGAUUACUUCGAAACUAUCGCGUCAUGUUCAAGAAACGAUUCAGACCUCAAAAGACCUUGCUUUUGUAAACAACAUGGCGGAUUUUUUACCAGCGGAAAUCUCCCAUUCAUCAUAUUCAAAUGCGCCAUCCAUACAAUACAGCACGAUGUUUUCCCAUGUUCUUCAUCUUCGGUAUUUCCUAACGGGCAAAGGCUAUAUUGGAGUGGGCUCAAUGUCCCUUCUACAACAAGAUUCAGUAUGGGUCGUUGCUGGGUGCCGUGUGCCUUUGAUCUUCCGAGAGAUCAAUUCUUAUACUUUCCAGGUUGUCGGGGGUGCCUAUGUGCACGGCUUUAUGCAAGGUGAAGCCUUAGAGUGCAAUCCUGUGUUUAGAAACGUUAUUCUAGUUGAAUAA